AACCUAAAAUAUCGUAAUGCCACUCAAGCUAGAUAAUGUAAAUAACUUUUUGUAAUUAUUAAGUUACGGCUUUGCUUACUGAAAUAGUUUUCUCAUUCACAUGCCGACAGGCUAAGUUUUUGUGUUCAAUUUUUUAUCUACUGUAAAAUUUAUAACUUAAUAAAAAAAAAUGGCCAAAUUUGAUUUGACAAGUAAGAUGACAAAGUACUUAGACCGGCAUUUAGUUGCCCCUCUAUUGGAAUUUCUGUGGGCAAAAAAAAUCUAUAAUGAAAAUGAAAUAUUAUCAGCAAAAUUAGACAUACUUAAUAAGACUAACAUGAUGGAUUAUGUAAUUGAAAUAUACAAACAGUUAAAUCCAGACAAAGAAGUUCCAGAGGAAAUGAAAUUGAGAAGAGAUCAAAUAGUUUCACAACUUCAUCAAUUACAGAGUGAAGUUAAUGUGGUUAUGAAUUUUCUUGGUGAUGAUAAAGUUAUGAAAACUAUGGAAACUAUGCGGGAUCCUAAAACAUUAUCAAAUUACUUAACUAAAGAGUUUAAUUUUAAGGUAGAAAUGAUGGAGAGUAUGUACAAGUUUGCCAAGUACCAUUAUGAUUGUGGAAAUUAUGCUGGUACUACAAGUUACUUGUAUUUUUAUUUAUUGGUCAUGUCUCCUACUGAUAAAAAUUAUUUGAAUGUACUUUGGGGAAAGUUGGCGUCAGAGAUUCUUAUUCAAAAUUGGGAUACUGCUCUUGAAGACUUAAAUAAACUUCGGGAAUAUAUUGAUUCAAACACAAAUGGUUCCCCUUUACAUUUACUUCAACAACGCACAUGGCUCAUCCAUUGGGGCCUUUUUGUAUUUUUUAAUCAUGUAAAGGGUCGUGACCUUAUAAUUGACAUGUUUUUAUACCGACCAAACUAUCUUAACGCCAUUCAAACCAUGUGUCCACAUAUAUUGCGUUAUUUAGCAACCGCUGUUAUUAUUAACCGUUCAAGGCGUGCAGCUAUGAAAGACCUUGUUAAAGUUAUUCAGCAGGAAUCAUAUACAUACAGAGAUCCAAUAACUGAACUUUUAGAAAAUUUAUAUGUUAACUUUGAUUUUGAAGGCGCUAGAGAUAAAUUACAUGAAUGUCAAAUUGUUCUAUUUAAUGAUUUCUUUUUAACUGCUUGUUUGGAUGACUUUGUAGAAAAUGCUCGCUUAAUGAUUUUUGAAACAUUUUGUCGCAUACAUCAAUGUAUUAGCAUAGGUAUGUUAGCUGAAAAACUCAAUAUGAAUCCUGAAGAAGCUGAAUGUUGGAUUGUAAAUUUGAUUAGGAAUGCCAGAUUAGAUGCUAAGAUUGAUUCAAAAUUGGGUCAUGUAGUCAUGGGUACUCAACCGUUAUCUCCAUAUCAACAAUUAUUAGAGAAAGUAGAUACCUUAUCUGUGAGAUCUGAAGCAUUACAGCAACUUAUUGAAAGAAAAGUUAAAGCUAAAACCCAAGAGCAAGAUCCACUUUGGUAUAACCCAUGAAACGUUAACAAAAGUAAUUUAUAAACAAUGUUUUUGGUCUCAAUUAAACACAUUGUAAUGCUUAUAACACAACAUAUAUUAUCUUUUUUUAUGUUA